AUGGGUCUGGGCCCGGAGGGUCCAGUGGUGAGAUUGGUGGUGGCAGCACUUUUGUCUCGGGUGUCCUGGGUGCCUGAGGAAGAUGGCAAGAUGGCGGAGCCUCACUUCGCGGCGGCAGUGCUGACUUUGACAUUCAUUAGACAGGCUAAGUGUCUGGCCGUCAGCACCAGAAAGUCAGAAGACCCUGAUGUGUGCAUUCCAGAUAUCCCCAGCAGACAACUAGAAGAGAUGUCUCACCCUCCAACCUCCCGCAACAAGCCCUCCGACUUGUUUGAAAUGAUUGAGAAAAUGCAGAGGAGAGAGGAGAAAACACAUCCGGGAAUUCAAGAAGUGUUGAGAAGAGGUCAUCCUUUGCCCCUCUUAAUUGUGCCCCCACAAGGUGGGUACUGGAUAGAGGGAACUAACCACUCUCUGCCCUCCCCUGAAUCUGAUCUUCUAGCUCCAUAUGACAGAUUACGCAUCCUUCAAUCCGACCCGACGGCUCGUUUCUACAGAAAACACUUUUUGGGAAAGGAGCACCACAACUUCUGUGCUCAGGAUCCACGUCUCGGGGCUGUUGUCCUGUCUGCAAAACUGGAGCAGAAAAGCGAGAGGCUACGACUUAUACUGAGAACAAAAGCCGGUACCAAACAUCAGCUGGUCAACAUCUCUAGCUUUAGGCAGUUCCCGACCGCAGGACAGAUGGCGCAGGUCUUAUGUGAAGAAUUGUCUGUGGAAAGGUUCUUCCCCGUCCUGCACAUGAAGGCCUCUCAGCUGCUGGUCACCUUUGAUGAACACGUUAUGACCAACAACUUUAAGUUUGGUGUCAUAUACCAGAAACCAGGGCAGGUGACGGAGACGGAGAUGUUCGGUAACACAGAGGAGAGUUUGGGAUUUGCAGAAUUUCUCAAUUUCUUGGGAGAAAAAAUCAACCUGCAGAAUUUUAAAGGAUUCCGUGGGGGUCUGGAUGUAUCGCAAGGUCAGACGGGAACAGAGUCGGUGUAUACCACGUUCCGGGGCCACGAGAUCAUGUUCCAUGUGUCGACAAAACUGCCCUACACAGCGGGGGAUGCGCAGCAGCUCCAGAGGAAACGUCACAUUGGAAAUGACAUAGUAUCGCUGGUCUAUCAGGACGAGGGCGCCGUCUUCGCCCCCGAUAUCAUCACCUCCCAUUUUCUGCACUGCUAUAUUGUGAUUCAGUCCUGCCCGAGCCACAGCGGUGACGCCCUGUACAAGGUCUCGGUCACCGCCCGUGACGACGUUCCUGGAUUUGGACCGGCUCUGCCCAACCCUGCAGUGUUCCAAAAGAACCAGCAGUUCCGUGAAUUCCUUCUCACCAAGCUGAUUAACGCUGAGGUUAGCUGUUACCGAGCCGAGAGGUUCUCCAAGCUGCAGGAGCGCACGCGGAGCUGUCUCAUUGACACCUUGUACGAUGAGCUCUUUCUACACAGUCAGAGCGUCCUGGGCUCUCUAGAGGAAAAUCCUGGAGAUAAACUGGAGAAUCCGUCUAGUGGAUUCCUGGAGAACUUCAAGACAUUUUCGCUUUCCUUAAGGAGCCCGCAGAGGUCACGUGACGCACUUUCACGAGGAGGAAGAAGUGCCAGCAUCGCAAUAGAUAACGUCUCCGAGGAGAAGAGGCAUCUUUCAAGUCAGACGUCGGACCUCUGCAGGAAGCCGUUAGCCUCGUACUCCUCAUCCAAUAGCAGCAGCUUCUGCAGCGUGCAAGGCAGCGAGAGCUCCCCGGAGGAAAAAAUAACGGUGAGACCGCCAGACGUUCUUCUUAUCUAA